UGCCAGUAUUAUGCUGAUCCCUCUCUCUCUCUUUCCAUCUCCCUUUCCUCCCCCCUCUCUCUCUCCGGCCUGCCGCCACUGUGGGCUUUUCAUUUUACAUUGGUGGAGCUCACUGCAUGUCCACAGUGAUGAUGUGUGCACUUGCUGCCUGAUUGAGUGAGUGUGUGUCCACCUGGCCAGUUGCAUGUAGGUGUGUGUCACUGAACGGGAGGAGGAUACCUUAACCGGACUCUUCAUUGUGAGCCUGAAACGGGUCCAGUGCUUCCCCUUUCACUCUCUCUCCUUCACUCUCUCUCCCCCUCACACUCCUUCCCUCCGUCCUACCUCUUUCUCUGUCUUCCUCUCGGUGGCUGGCCAAGCUCCUCUCCUCUGUGUCCUGCUCGCCACCUGGCCUCCAUGAGUUUAACUGAGGACAAACCAUCCCUCCCUGGAAGAUGGGAAAUGCUUCAGACACAUCUGCUGUGUUUGCCUCCACCAUCUCCAAGGAGCACGACAUCCUCAUGGGUUCGCUCUACAGCAUAUUUUGUAUCCUGUCCCUCCUAGGAAACUGCAUUCUGCUACUUGUUGCAUAUCACAAGCGAUCAACCUUGAAACCAGCAGAGUUCUUCAUCAUCAAUCUCUCCAUCAGUGACCUUGGGAUGACACUCUCUCUGUUUCCACUGGCCAUACCGUCAGCUUUUUCACACAGGUGGCUGUUUGGAGAAAUUACCUGCCAGCUCUAUGCCAUGUGCGGAGUGCUGUUUGGUCUGUGCAGCCUGACAAACCUCACAGCCCUCUCCUUAGUGUGCUGCCUCAAAGUCUGCAUCCCUAACCAUGGUAACAAGUUCUCCUCAUCGCAUGCCCGCCUCCUGGUGGUUGGAGUGUGGUGUUACGCAUCUGUUUUUGCUGUGGGGCCCUUGGCACAGUGGGGGCAUUACAGUGCAGAACCUUACGGAACAGCCUGCUGCAUCGACUGGCAGGCUCCCAACCACGAGCUUUCGGCUUUGUCUUACAUCGUCUGUCUUUUCGUCUUCUGCUACGCGCUGCCCUGCACCAUCAUCUUCCUCUCCUACACUUUCAUUCUGCUGACGGUGCGGGGGUCACGUCAGGCCGUCCAGCAGCAUGUGUCACUGCAGACCAAGACCACCAACGCACACGCUCUCAUUGUCAAGCUGUCAGUGGCAGUAUGUAUAGGCUUCCUGGGUGCCUGGACCCCAUACGCUGCCUUGGCCAUGUGGGCUGCUUUUAGUGACGCCACACAGGUUCCUCCUGCUGCAUUCGCCGUGGCCGCCGUGUUCGCCAAGUCCUCCACCAUCUACAACCCAAUGGUCUACCUGCUGUGCAAGCCCAACUUUCGCGAGUGUUUAUACAGAGACACGUCGAUGUUGCGACAGAUGAUCUACAGGGGAAGUCCACAGUCGGAGCCUAAAGAUCGCUUCGGAUCCACCUUGCAGCGCAACAAGGAAGUGAGCAUCUCCACACGCUUCUCAAAUGGACAGCAGGAGGGCUACGGAUCGUGUCUGCAAUGCACUGACAAUGCGUCGCUGUGUCAUAUGACCACGCCUCAAAGGACUGCCUGCAUCCUGACUGGAUCCACCUACACGGAGGUGACAGUUAGCCAGCUCUCAGCUAAGCCACAGGCUGAUUUUCUCUAAGUGCUACAACGUCCUGCUUUCAUAAACCCCACAAGACUGGAAAAAUGCUCAGAAUGACAGAUUACUGGGCAUUACUGGGAUAAUGAAUGCACAAGUUAUAAUGUGUGUUUCACCUCCGAUGACAUCCCUCCUGAAAGACUUAAAUGACUCUUUCACUACGAAUUGCCUAAGACUUCAUCUGAGAAGAUUUGCCAGACAAAUUUAUACUUGUAAUGUCUUGAUGUCUGCAUUUGUGUCAGCUUGUUUCCUGCUUUAUUUACAUGUACAGCAAUUUAACUGGAUUCUGGCAGAGCAGAAAAUGAGACAGGAGAACCCCGGCUGGCUUCAAGGUUAAUUAUGCAAACGUGUACUUCUGUGUGCAGUGUGGGGACAAACCGUCUUUAAUAUUUGACCAGUGCAAAUAAAACAAAAUACACAUCAUAAGGUAUUUAAUUACUGCAAAGGACUACAAAACAAGAUGAAGAUAUUGUUUGGGUUUCAUCACAUGAGGAUGUGUUAUUUGUUAAGUGGUACUCAACUCAAAAUGUUCUCAUGUUCACCCCCUGCAGGUCCAAAUGUCUGUAUUGAUGUUUUGUCCUUGUCACCAUCGGGAUCCAUUAUAACAGAGACACAUAAUCAAACUGACAGCUGCUGUUUUCUGGUAGGAGAAAAACAGCAAUCUUUUAGCAGCUACUUCAUGCCUAUAGGAGCCGAGUAUCUGAUGCUCAAAAGGCAGACUUAAGUGGAGUAUCACUUUAAUGAACAUCUACUUGAAGAGGCUGUACUGUGCCACGUAACCUGCAGUCAUUCUCCUACUGUAGACCGCCAGAUAAAAUGUUUCGACAUUCAUUUAGACAGAAAUAAAAAAUUUUACUUGAUGGAACCAUUUCAAGUCACUUAGAUCUGGGUAAAUGAAUAUUUUGAGAGAUUCCACUCAAAAUUAAAUUCUUACUAACAAAAGUGUCACCUGUAAUUUCAGACCUUUUUGUGCUAUUCUGAAUUUUUUAAAUCAUUGAUGUAAAGAUUUAAAAAUAUGUAUUUCCAAAGUAGCAGAACAGCAGAAGUUUGUUGGCUUAAAAAAAUGACUUUUCUUACUGACGUUUUAAACAUUGUUAAUGAAUCCUUUUGAUUAGCGUAAAAUAAAUGUGAAUGAUGUGCGUUUUUAAAUCUUGCACUUUAUUUGCUGCCAAGUAAUGUUAAUUUACAGCAGGUAUCCAUUUAACAACCCACGGGUAAAAUACAUUACUCCUUGGAUUUAAGUUGGCUAUUUCACAAUCAAUCACAGCAACAACAUUAGUUUUCUGUAAAAACACAAACUGCACUUUGCUAUAUUUACGUCUCCUUUCUAGGGGUCGACCGAUUAUCGUCCGAGCCGAUUAUCAGAUCCAGUACUGAGUUUUUCUGAUUAUCACUUCAUUUUUUUUUUACUUUAAUAACAAAAGAAAAUGAUCUCGGAUAAAAUAAAUCCAUUUUAAAUGAUGCAGUUGCCUUUUUUGUGUAGUUAACAUCUCACAGCACUAUCUGAUUGGUAUUAUGUCAUAAGUCAAGGAUAUGAACACUGAAAUGGUAUAAAAUUUAUUUCACCUAAACAUAUGUAAAACAUAGGCAAAGGUGUUUGGAGUUGGUGUUUUUCUAAAUUCUGACACCAGGAUUUAAAUUUUUACUGAAAAUAUAUAUCAUUUCCAAAUAUCAAUGAACAGUUUCCUUUCAUUACAAUCAGCAGUAUCGGCUGAUUGUAUCAGUACAACAACCAGUAUCGGCUCAGAAAAAACAUAUCGGUUGACCCCUAUUUUUUGAUGUGGUACUGUGCUGUGUGGCUUCAUGUGCAUAUAAAGAAAAGAAAUAUUGUAUGUAUAUAAUUGUUAUAUCAAAACUAAUUUCUGUGCAGCCAUAUUUACUAAAGACAAAAGAAAAUAUCUGUAA